ACCCUCUGCACCUGACAAGCCCCCCAACUACUGCCACCCAUUUUCCGGCCGGAAAUCCGGCAAAGCUUGGGGAUUUCUCCCUAUUUUCUUGUCUUAGAACACCUGUUGAACCCAGAAAAUCCCAGAUCUGCGUCUUUCCCCCCCUCUGCUGUCCGUCGGCUUCAACUUGUGGGUUUGAAAUUUCUGGGCAUUUUUCGCCGUGAGUUCCCCUGCAGAAUUUCUUCUUCUCUGCCGCCGGCUUCUCCCCCCUGUUAGGCUCGGUUUUGCUUGCUAAAUUUUGGUAAGUUGUCGGCUUUUCCAAGCUUAAAAUGACCCAUUUAAUGGCUGGGUUUUGUCCAUUAGUUGAUGCUCUGUGUUGUCCGAAUCUGCUGGGAUAGGGGAUGAAUUUGGCAGCCAUUUUAAAUGUGUUUUGUGCUUAGUUUAUGUAGGAAUUUUGUUAAUUAGGCUGUUGUGAUGUUGUGUAGGAGUAAUCCCGUGACUUAGCCAUUGUUGGCCAAAGCCGUGGGUCUCCAUUGCUUGUCCAAGAAAUUGGAAUGAAUUUUGGUAGCUUUAAGCUAUGUUUUAAGUGUGGUUUAAGUAGAAAAUUAGCUUGUUAUGACUGUUGUGAGAUUUUGGAGAGAAACCCCGUGAAUUAGCUAUGUUUUGUCAAUUUUGGGAGUUGAAGUUACUGUUCACGAGGUACUGUUCAUAAGUACUGUUCACACACCGAGGGUUAAUGAUUGACGGGGAUUUAAAGGUUUCGUUUGUGAUAUAAGAAUAAAUUUGGAGAUGUCCAGUUAUGUGGAGAUUGAUAGGAAUAGCAUCGGGAUUAGGAGUGAUUUUAAUGAUGAUUUCAGUUUGAAUUUGUGAUAGUCCGGUAUUAAUUCUGAGGUGUUUUGAUUAGGUUCCUGAUCGUCCUGUCAGUUAGCAUUGAGAUUGAGUGCUCGGUUUUGUGCGAGCGAGGUAAGUAAAUUAUGGUAAAGCCCUUUGAUUUUAAAGCAUGUUUUAAACUGUUUUUGAGAUGGUGGCAAGGUUUAAAUUGAUUUUAAAUUGAUUUUAUCCGCAUCUGAAUGUGAUGAAACUGAAAUGGAAUUUGUGAUGGUUUUUAUGAGAAUUUCACUGUUUUUCUGGAAUUGAGCAUGAUUGGAAUGAAAAUGGGAAUUGCAUUGUUUUAUGGAAUUAAGCAUGAUUGGAAUGAAAUUGUUUUCUUUGCAUUGAGUAGAGCAUGCUUAUUUGGAAUUGACUGAACUGUUUUGAUGAACUGAGAGUUUGCAAAUUCUGAGUUUUCUGUUAAAUCCAUGGUCACAUGGAAAUUUUCCGGUUUAUGUCUGAGAUUUGAGAUUGAUUGUGAAUGAUGGAUUUUUCUAGAAAUCCUGCAUGGUUUUGUCUCGGAUAUAGUCAUGAUUACUGACGCCCGCUAGUGGGAGCUGUAAACGCUAGCACAUGUCGACAUGUAUUU